AAGUUUGUCAGUUAUCGCUCAGCUAAAUCGGUAUAAACAAAUCGGAUUACGGAUACGGAAAAAUGCAGUUAACCUGUUCCUUGAUAUUCCUGGUUUGGACGGGUCUCCUGGGCCUGGUUGCCUAUCGUGUUGAGGCCUCCAAUGGGUUUCCGUCGCCUCUGAAGCGCUGCAAGAUGCAGGACGAGGCGUGCUUGGUAGCACAGGCACAGACCUUCAUAAGGACCUUCAAGAAGGGCAUUCCGGAGCGGCAGGUGGACAGCUUGGAGCCCAUCGAUCUGGGCACGAUGCGUGUGGAGAGCGGGGGCCACUCGGAGUCGCUGCAGUUCAGGCUGGUGAUGAGCGACGGCAAGCUGCACAACUUCGCCAACUCCGUGGUGGUGAAGAGCGUGAAGGGCUUCGGCAAGGACCCCGGCAAGCCGCUCAAGCUCACCGUGCUCAUGGAUGCCCCCGAGCUGGAGGUGCGCUCCAAGUACGACGUGGACGGCAAGCUGCUCAUCCUGCCCAUCGUCAGCAAGGGCGACCUCCUCAUCCAGAUGAAGGAUGUGCAGACCAAGGUGAGGAUCGUGGCGGAGCCGGUCAAGCGGGCCGAUGGCCGUGCCUACCUUGCGGUCACCGACCUGAAGGCGAUCACCAAGGUCAAGGGAGGGAAGUUCGACCUGUCGAACCUGUUCAAGGACAACGUGGAGCUGCGGGAGAGCACUCUGAAGGUGCUGAACCAGGAGUGGGACACCCUGGCCCUGGAUGUCCAGCCGAAGAUCAACGAAGCCAUCUCCAAGGCCUUCAGGUCCGUCCUGCAGAGUCUGUGGAACAACAUACCCUACGACGAGUUCUUCGAGGCGGAAUAGCGCUCAUUUGACGCAGCAGCAGCAUCAUACAUAUAAUUAUAUGUACAAGUAUAUAUCUCAAAUCCUGGGUUUAUUUAUAUCAUAAUACGAGUUCAAAACUCAAAUCCUGAUGAGCGAAUUAAACUACGUCCCAAAAGUUGA